CGGCUGACAGGGCGCUAUAUCUGCGGCUCUCCGGGACCCGGGGCGCACUGAUCGGCUAUGGCUCAAGCUAAAAUACACGCCAAAACCCAGGAAGCCGCUAAAGGCAGCAGGUUCAACCGGACCCUCUCCAUGGCGGACCGGUCCGGACGGCUGCUGGAGACCUUGGAUCAGCUGGAAGUCAGGGUGGAGGCUUUACGGGAGGCGGCCGCCGCCGUAGAGCAAGAGAAGGAGAGCUUGCUGGAGCUGAUCCAGUCGGUGCAGAACAGCCAGGAGAUGCGCGCCAUCAGCGACGGGGAAAGAGAGGAACUAAGUUUAACAGCAGACCGCCUGCUUAGCAGGACCUUCACAGUAGAAGUUUCAGUGGAAACUGUGAGAAGCGUUGAGCAGGCAGAUGCUCUGAAGAAGGCUACCUCCAUCAUAGAUGACAUAGCUGCCAAGGUACUUGAUGACAUGGAUGGUUCCAGAAGGCAACUAAUGGCCCUGCAUGCCGCUUGUGUGACAGAGGAGCCCCCCGUCCCCAUUGACCAGAAGUUUCAGAGCAUUGUCAUCAGCUGCGCUCUGGAGGACCAGAAGAAGAUCAAGAGGAGGCUGGACACUUUGAUCCGGAAACUCGAUAAUGCGGGGAAAACCAUCCGGAUCAUGGAUCACCAGAAAACGGAGACUAGAGGCACCAACGGCAAAUGAAACUGCAGCUCUGAGCUCUGGGUGUCCUGCUGUCCUGCUCGUCACACACUAUUCCACCAGAUUGAGGAUAUGCGCUGUAUAUUUGUACCUAAAAUCAAAGACCAAAUACUUGAAUAUAAGCUGUGAAGAUGUUAAUCUGUUCAGAAUCACCUUUUUAUAAUGUGACUGUCAUAACCAAAACCAGAGGCAAUGUGUUGCUGGUUCCAGUCCCCGACCAGCAAGGCACCACUGAGGUACCCUGAGCACAGUGCCGCCCCCCAGCACUGCUCCCCGGGCGCUGAAUUAGCUGCCCCCUGCUAUGUCACAUAUGGGUUAAAUGCAGAGGACACAUUUCAUUGUUGUGCACUGUGUGCUGUGGUGUGUCAACAAUGACCACUGAUCACCUAAUUCCAAACUAUAGAUCUCUUCGUUUAGUUUGAUGGCGGACAGCUCAUUUAAAUGCUACCCUACACAGCCUAUUCUCAGGUUUAAACAUGGACACAGUAUAGAUUUGCCAUAAAAAAUCAACUUGCUCAUUAACUUAUUGUUACGACCCGGGCUAUGCAUCCUUGGCAUCGCACCGCAGGGCGGAAUUUCCCGGAAAGGUGCGCCGUGAUCCGCUCUGCUCCCAGGGCAUCCCACUUAAUUAGAGAGCAGGUGUUAAUGGGAAAGGCUCAAACUAUAGAGCGUCAAUGAAAUACUUUCCUUUGAAUUGGAAUGGGGGGGGGGAUCAUCUGUUUGUAUUUAUAUGAACUAAAUACCACACAUUAGAGCAGCUGCACCUGAAAACACUGCCCCUUUUCCAGAGUUAUGUGUGUUUGUUUUAGCACAUAAUUCCAGAAAUAAAUGUAUAAUGUAAAGU